AUGACUGCAAGUGCAUCAUUAUCGUCAUCUUCUUCUUCCACUGAUCAACUUAAAAUUGUUCUGAUUGGUGAUAGUGCAACUGGUAAACAUUGUUACUUGAAAAGACUUACACAUAAUAUAUUUACUACCGAUACUCGAACGAAUGACGAAUGUGAUAUUAUUUCAGCGAAAAUCAAAAUUGAUCAAAAUACUGACAUUCCCAUACAAUUUUUUAAUAUUGCUGGUUCACAACGCGGUAAAACAAAAAUAAAGCAAUAUUUUAAAAAUAUAGAUGGAUACAUCAUUAUGUUUGAUAUAACUCGUGGUGAGACAUAUGAUAAUGUAAUAGGCUGGAAAAUUUUUAUUGAUAGUGUCAAUUCACCAGAUAAACUACCGUGUUUAUUAGUAGCAAAUAAAUGUGAUCUUGAAUUAGAUAAUGUAUUAAAUGUUGCAAUGAAUGCUAUGGAAAAUUAUUGUCAAGCUGUUGGCUUUUCUUGUUAUUAUAAAAUAUCAAAUAUGAAUAAUACUAAUAUUAAGCAAUCACUUCAAAGUUUAAUUAAUGAAAUUAUGAAACGGAGAAUUAUAUCGCCUGCAAAAUCUUCGUCGAUGUCUCUUGCACAUACAAAGCAAGAAUAUACAUUAAAAGUUUUAGUUAUUGGUGAUAUUGGAACUGGUAAAACAGCAUUAAUACAACGUUAUGUUAGUAAUAGUUUUGCCGGAGCUUAUCGUAGUACUAUUGGCACAGAUAUUGCGAUGAAAAAAAUCCAAUAUAAUGAUCAUACUGUUGUUAAUCUGCAUAUAUGGGAUAUUGCCGGUCAAGAACGAUUCGGUAUCAUGACACAUUUGUAUUAUAAACGUGCAGCUGGAUGUUUAAUUGUAUUUGAUGUGUCGAAACCAACUACGUUAACGAAUGGCGCAGCUAAAUGGAAAGUUGAUUUCGAUAAUAAAGUUAGCGUUGAUGAAAAUACUCCAGUACCAUGUUUACUGGUUGGCAAUAAAUGUGAUCUAUUAAAAGAAGGGAUUAUAGCAAGUGAAACACAAAUGACAGAAUUUUGUCAACGAAAUAAAUUUACUCGUUGGUAUGAAACAUCUGCAAGAGAUAAUAUCAAUAUUGGAAAAGUAUUUUUAACUCUUCUGGAAGAAAUGAUGCAAAAUAUUGAUACUAUGAAAGAUGUAGUAAAAAGAAGAUCUUCGACAAUAGUGGAUAUUCAAAACAUGACACCAAUAUCUAAUAAUAGUAACCGAUGUUGCCAUAUUUAA